GUUUGUAAACAAGCUGAUCGUAAACGUUUUUUGUCAAUUUGUUAUUAAAUAUAUAUUCAUACGACAAUGAGUAUUCUUAAAAACCCUGCUAUGAGAGACCAAAAAUCGAUAGAAUUGGAUGAAGAGUUCAACAACUUCAUGAAGAAAGUUGGCGAAGUAUCUAAUCUUGUGAAAGACAUGGCUAGUGGGGACAAAGUCAAGGCAGAGGCAGCUAAGGUUCUUGCUGACCAGUACUUAGACGGGAAAGUUAUUCUCGACGACGACGUCAAACUGAAAGUGAAACAAAACCGCACUGUGAUCAAUCAGAAGGCGUUUCAUAACCUCGGGAAAAAAGAUGAGGGUGAGGUGGAUAAAGAAUCAUGGAUGGCCGAAGUGAGCAAGGAUGCGGAAAAACGCUACCAAGAGCGGAAGGUGCGUCGCGAACGAGCUGAUACGUUCAAGACCCAAGCCAUCAAGGCAUUCCGCCGUCACGAAUAUGACAGAGCUCUUUCAUGCUACAACAAAGCCAUAGAACAAGUGCGCGAUGACCCCAUGUUGUACUGUGAUCGAGCACUCACUAAAAUCAAACUAGAAAAAUUCGACACGGUGUUCGGUGAUUGCGACUUAGCACUGCGCCUCAAUGAGAAUAGCUUCCGAGCGCGCCUCUAUCAAGCUAAAGCACACAAGGAGUUAGAGGAAUGGGACAAGCUGGAAGAGUGCAGGAAACAAUUAGACACCAUGUUUCCACAGCACGCGGAAUUAGUGCACGGGUAUCUGGACAAGGAAGAAGCUUACGACGACGCAGCUGAAUCCGAAUAGAAUAGAUUUUAAAUAUUUGUAUGUCCCCAAAAAGGUUAUUUAUUUACUUUUAGGUUCCAUAUGUUUAUUUACUAUUUUUUGCUAAACAUAAUUACAAUGUGGCCGACGACACGAUAAGACACGUCAUAGCCAUGUUUAUAUUGUUAAUGUACUCACGUGUAUUCUUAGUCAAUAAAGUUUUAUUGGUUCUAAAAGAUUAUGGCUGGUUUAAAUGCUCGUUAUCAGUGCAGUCAUAUCGAUAAACUAUUAAUAUACUGCUCUACUUUACACACUAAUCGAUUACGAACACUGAAUAGAUGUCAAUGG